GGUUGGUAUCCUUCCAUUCAGGCAGAGAUAGCCAAGAAUCCCACCCUCCUCUAAAAGAGCAAUGGCCGGUCUUAGGGGGAGUCUUUAUUUCACAAUGUUGGUGGUGACAUUAGUUUUGCUCGGCCUGCUCAGUGCAGCACCAAAUGGAGCAGAAGCUCAGGCGGUUGGGGUGUGCUACGGUCUAAACGGCAACAAUCUGCCACCACCAUCGGCGGUUGUCGGGCUCCUUCGAUCGAAGAACAUCAGGAAGGUGAGGCUGUUUGAGCCGAAUCGGGACGUCCUUCAGGCAAUAGGAAACUCCGGCAUCGAGGUCAAUCUCGCCGUCCCAAACUCCGAACUCCAGAACAUAGCCAACAACCCAUCGGCUGCCGGCUCGUGGGUCGCGACAAACAUCCAAGCCCACCCGGCUGUCACAUUUGGGUCCAUCACUGUUGGCAACGAGCUCAUCCCAGGACCCCAAGCGCAGUUGGUACUUCCGGCCAUGCAAAACAUAUACAAUUCCAUUCAGGGGGCUGGACUUGGAGGUCGGAUCAAGGUAUCCACAGUAGUCAGCACGGCGGUGACCACCGGCUUCCCUCCCUCUGCCGGUGUCUUCACCCCACAAGCUAUGCCCUUCAUGGUGCCCAUCGUCCAAUUUCUAGCCCGAACCGGCGCGCCGCUCAUGGUCACCGUCUACCCUUACUUCGCCUACGUUCAGAACGACGUCAUUUCCUUGGACUACGCCCUCUUCAGAGCCAAUUAUGACGUGGUCACUGACGGCUCCCUGAGGUACCGGAACCUUUUUGAUGCGCUGGUGGACACCGUUUACUCCGCGAUUGAGAAGGUUGAUGUCCCAGGCUUGCAAAAGGUUGAUGGCCUUGACAGCGCCGCUCGCAUUCCCAUCAAGGUCACCGAGAGUGGCUGGCCAUCAAGGGGGAGGAGCAGUGGAUACAGUGCGGCGGUGGACGCUGCUCGCAUUCCUAGUGCGGCGGCGGACGCCAAAGUUUAUGACGCUACGGUGUCCGACGCAAGCACAUACAAUCAGAACCUGGUGAACCAUGUGGCACAGGGGACGCCCAAGAGGCCAGGGACGCCGGUGGACACCUAUGUAUUCGCGCUGUUCAACGAGAACUUGAAGCCAGGAGCUGAGAUAGAGCAGAACUUCGGGCUCUUCUACCCCAACAUGCAACCAGUGUACAACAUCAACUUUCCCUAAGAAUAUUCAACCACCUUGGCUGGCUGAUGAGCUCACCGUCUUUUAUGUUGCAGUGUCGUAGUAAUAAACUGGCGAUGGUAAUGUAAUAACAAGGACACAGGCCGUCCAAUAUGUCGAGUUUCCUUCCCUUGGAAUUGAAAAUAUGUUAGGAAUGAGGUA